CAAAUGGCGAUGAACUUGAAACAAAUCAGACUAGCUGACCUGACCGAUUCGAAGAACUGGAUCGGCUCUUCAGAAGGUGACAAGUUUAUAUGGUUCGGGUUCAAGACUCCUUUCCAAAUCCCAUUUUUCCAGAGCUCUGGAGUCGAGAGAAGAUACUCCUUAGAUGAAGGAAGAGGCAUCAAAGUCGAGAGGAUCACCUAUUUGGUGAUGGAAUUCGAUACAUACGAAGGAACUGGUACUUCGCCUUGUGAGGAAAUGGUCACAUAUUUCAACCAGAUCCAAGAAGAUGCUAAGAAAAGAAAUGAAGAUAUUAGGCAAAAGCUUAUGAGUUAUUCAGAAUUUAACAAAUUGUGAGAAUUCUUGUGCAACUUCAAGAUCCAUACUGGAGAGGAUGCAGCAACUCUGUUUCCUUCUGAAAUCAGCCAGGCAUGUAACUCAACUCUGGUGCUAGCCCAUAGUGAGGUUUCCUACAUUGAGGAAAACCUUCCAAAUGAGGAGGAGAAAGGAGGAGAGAAUGAGAAUGAAGCCAAUGAUAUUCAAGGAGACGAACAGGAUGUUCACAAACAAAUCACCCCGUUCUUUAAGGAACUUAUAGCUAAAUUUGAAGAGAAAAAGGAUGCAAAGGACAAGCAGGAUAUCUGGAGAGUCAUGUUCCACAAGCUACAGACUGAUGAGUGUGUCGAUAUCAUUGAACAUCUCCAAUGGGCUAUGGAAUACCCUACAAAGAUCGGCAAGUUUAUUUUCAUGCUUCAUAAUCACUUGUUCAAGGAAGAUAAAGAGAUGAAAGGAGUGAUAAUCAAGAGAAAAAAGUAUGAAAAUAUCCAAAAAAUCGCCAAGGGGACUUUUUAUAUCAUCAACUUCAAGCCUUUCGAGAGGAAGCCAGUCCCACGCGCUUAAUUUCUACUAAGACAUGUUCUGAUA